AUGGUAGAGAAGUUUGCAGAAGACAUGAUCCAAUAUAAUCUAGAUCACAUGCAAGCGUCUGUUUUCUGUCAAACAGUUGUUUUUUCAAUUGCUGCAUCAAUGCUAUGCAUUCUCUGUAUAACAACGGUUUUGUCUAUUCUGCUGGUAGGUGCAGUAGCAUUGAAAGUUUGCAUGCCUUCUAGCGCACUCACUGCAGUAAAGAUAUGCCACAAGGCAGUAAGUAAAGAGAAGUCUAAUCCGCAUCGGAAAGAUGCACCUGAAGACAUUGCAUUGGAGGAAAGGAAAGAGAAAACCAAAGAAAAGGAUAUUAUAGGGGUGGAUGAGUCUGGAAAAACAGAUGGCAUGACAAGCAUACCCGAUACCAAAAAUGUGUGGGAGUGCUCUAGCAUGGAAAAAAAUAUAAUAGACAGACUAGCAAGUUCAGAUGGCGUAGCAGGUGCAGGUGUAAAGGCUUUUAUUGCAGUGGAUAAAGAAGCAUUUGAUGUUAGCGUGAAGAAGAAUCACAUAGCCAAAAUCUAG